AUGGUGCAGAAGAAGCCGAAAAAGAAGGUUGGGAAGAAAGUAGCCGCCGCUCCAUUGGUGGUGAAAAAAGUUGAACCUAAAAAGGUUGUCAACCCACUCUUUGAGAAGAGGACUAAGGACUUCGCUAUCGGUCAAGGUAUUCAGCCAACCCGUGACCUCUCCCGCUUCGUGAGAUGGCCCAAGUACAUCCGCAUCCAGAGGCAGAAGGCGGUGCUCCAACGCCGUCUGAAGGUGCCGCCACCGAUCAACCAGUUCACACAGACCCUCGAUAAGACCACAGCCAAGGGUCUGUUCAAGAUCUUGGAGAAAUACAGGCCCGAGACUGAAGCAGUCAGGAAGGAACGACUUCGUAAAGCUGCUGAGGCCAAGGUCGCCAAGAAAGAUGAGCCACCAGCGAAGAGGCCAAACACUAUCCGUUCUGGAACAAACACUGUUACCAAGCUCGUGGAAAAGAAGAAGGCACAGCUUGUUGUGAUCGCACACGAUGUUGACCCCAUCGAGUUGGUGCUUUUCCUUCCCGCUCUGUGCCGUAAGAUGGGUGUACCAUACUGCAUUGUUAAGGGCAAGUCUCGUCUUGGAGCUCUAGUGCACAGGAAGACAUGCACAUGCUUGGCCUUAACUCACGUUGAAUCUGGUGACCGAGCUGCCUUCUCGAAGGUGGUGGAAGCUAUCAGGACCAACUUCAAUGAACGUUACGAGGAGCUGCGAAGACAUUGGGGCGGUGGCACCCUCGGUAACAAGUCAAACGCGCGCAUCGCUAAACUGGAAAAGGCGAAGGCGCGUGAAAUAGCUCAGAAACAGGGCUAG